CGUGCGGUCAGCCGCAGCGCUCGGCCGGUAGCCGCUCACUCCGCGCGCCGCGUUCCCUCUGCGCUCACGCCGCUCCGCCUGCGCGGCCGCCGGCCCCCUUCCUUCCUCCGUGCGGGCGGCGGGCGGCGCGAUGCGGCCGGGCGCCGGGCCCGCCGUGCUGGGGCUGCUGCUGCUGUGCGCCGCGGGGGCGGGCGCCGAGGAGCUGCACUACCCGCAGGGCGAGCACCGCGGCGACUUCGACCGCGAGGCGCUGCUGGGCGGCCAGGAAGAAGUCGAUGAAUAUGUUAAACUCACCCCCGAAGAGCAACACAAAAGACUGAAGUCGAUCAUAAAGAAAAUUGACUUGGACUCGGACGGCUUUCUCACCGAAAGUGAACUCAGUACAUGGAUUCAAAUGUCUUUUAAACAUUAUGCUAUGCAAGAAGCGAAACAACAGUUUGUUGACUAUGAUAAAAACAGCGAUGGUAGUGUGUCAUGGGAUGAAUACAACAUCCAGAUGUAUGAUCGUGUCAUCGACUUCGAUGAGAACACUGCUCUGGAUGACGCAGAAGAGGAGUCCUUUAGGCAGCUUCAUUUAAAGGACAAAAAACGAUUUGAGAAAGCUAACCAGGAUUCAGGUCCUGGUCUGAAUCUUGAAGAAUUUAUUGCUUUUGAGCAUCCUGAAGAAGUUGAUUAUAUGACGGAAUUUGUCAUUCAAGAGGCUUUAGAAGAACAUGACAAAAAUGGUGAUGGCUUUGUUAGUUUGGAAGAAUUUCUUGGUGACUACAGGCGGGAUCCAUCAGCCAGUGAAGACCCAGAGUGGAUACUUGUUGAGAAAGAUAGAUUCGUGAACGAUUACGACAGAGAUGCAGAUGGCAGGCUUGACCCCCAAGAGGUGUUAUCUUGGGUGGUACCCAAUAAUCAGGGCAUCGCACAGGAGGAGGCUCUUCAUCUAAUUGAUGAAAUGGAUCUGAAUAACGACAGGCAGCUCUCUGAAGCGGAGAUCCUGGAGAACCGCGACUUGUUCCUGAGCAGCGAGGCCACCGAUUACGGCAGGCAGCUCCACGAUGAGCACUUCUAUCACGACGAACUUUAGGCCCCGCGUGGGCCUGAGUGGGGCGCGGGCUGCUUCUAUGGUCUGUCACCAGCUUUACUUUUGUGAUGAAAUACCCAUGUUGUAUUUUACACUUUUGAGUCUUACCACAGUCAAAAUGAUCUUAAUGUAGGUUACAAUUUUGGCCUUUUAGAAGAAAAACUAAAUAAAAACCUGGUAUUUAUUGCGAAACAUUGAAGAAAGGAUACGAUAUUGUGCCAUAUUACAACUAAGUCUUUCCUAAUUAUUCCAUCUGUUUAGUACUGUAUUGUGGAAUAUUCGAGUUCUAUUUCCAUACUUGAAAAAAUGAAGGAUUUUAGAGAUACCUGAACAAUAUUAUUUAAGUAGUAUGUGACUGAGCUAUCAAUUUUUGUUUUGUUUUAAGUAGAUUUAAUUUGGAAACUGACAGGACAUUUUUAGAUUUAGCAUUUUGUUUUAAAACCUUUAAAGGAAACUUUAGAAGGACUUACACCUCACAUAUUAAUGUUGAGAAGUUCUGCUUAAUUUUAAAAUGGUUUCUAUAAAGGGUUUUAUUGUAUGAAAUAGAACUUUAUAUUUUUGCAUAUGUAUAGACAGUAAUUAUAUUUAAUGUGUUAACUAUGGUAUUAUGGUGUGUGGAAUCUGAUAUUGUCCAGGACUCUUCAUUUUUGACUGACUAAAAGUGAAAUGUCCUAUCUUUUUCAUAUGUUUGUUUGUUUUUCUUUACUCUUCCAAAUAAACCUUGAAUUUAGCAUA